AUGAAACGAGAAGCAGUGCCUAUGGUGCAGGAAGCACAAGUAUCCUUGAGUGCCGACGAACUCGAGGUGCUUCGACGACAAUAUAUGAAAGAAGGCGAAUACGUCACUGUUCAGACAAAGUUCAAUUAUGCAUGGGGUCUUAUUAAAUCGUCCAAAACCGAGCAAGUCGAGCAUGGCAUUCAAUUACUCACAGAAAUAUAUACGGAUGCCCCCGAAAGACGAAGAGAAUGUCUGUAUUAUCUAGCAUUGGGCCAUUACAAAAUUUCCAAUUUCAACGAAGCUCGUCGGUUCAAUCAACAACUGUUAAAAUUGGAGCCUAGAAACGAACAGGCGCUAGGAUUGAAUCAACUUAUCGACGAUAAAGUAUCCAAAGAGGGUGUGAUAGGUCUUGCCAUUGUCAGUGGUGUUAUUGCAGUGGGUGCGGCAUUGGUGACGGCCGUUGUCAAGCGAACGAGAUGA